AUGACCCAGGCGGCUCCCAUCCCGGCGGUGCCGGGCCACGUCUACGCAGAUCUGGUGAAAGGACCCGUCAGUAGCGCCAUACCAGUGACACAAUUGUCUCAGGAGGAGGUUGACACAGUGCCAUCACUUCUUGACGAUCUGUCAUCAGUGGACCGAUUGUUAAUCACCAAGCGACUCCGGGUCAAAAGCGUGAUCUUCCUGAGGGGCAAGAUGAAUAGAUUCUUCGUCAGAACACCUGAUCGCAACCUUGUCUAUACUGUUGAAGAGGAGAAUAGCUGGUGGGUAGGUUACUUCUGCUACGGUCUCAGGCCUCUCCAGCUGCGCGUAAUGAACAGCCUCGGUCUCGAAGUGAUGAGGAUAAACCGGCCGUACGCCUGCACGGCGCGGGUGUUGCCGUGCCAGCUGCAGCACUUGGACGUGUUCUCGCCACCUGGUCGCCUCAUUGGAACUAUUGAGCAGCAGUGGGCUGCUGUGAGACCAUUGUAUCUCAUCAAGGAUGAGAACGGCCGGGAGUUGUUCUGGAUACGCGGUCCUUUUAUAACGCUGAGCCUGUUCCGUGACGUGGAGUUCCCGAUGCAGCGGCCAGAUGGCACGCCGGUGGGCAGCACCUGUAAGCGCUGGCAAGGGCUCGUACACGCCCUGUUGUUCGCACCGAUUACAGACAGAUUCGGAGUAGCUUUCGAGAGGGAUUUGACAGUGGAGGAGAAGGCCCUUCUGCUGGCUGCCACGCUGCUCAUAGACUACAUGUAUUACGACGUGUGA